GCAGGGAGACGGCGCUGUGAGCCGAGCGUUUCCGGAAAUAGCCGAUCCGAGCGGGAGCCGGAGAGCCGAGCCCCGUCCUGCUCAAAGACUCGAAGGAAGCGGCGCCGUCACCGAGACACUGAGCCGAGCUGCCUGCUCAGCGCCGCAAACAUGGCCAGGGAUUACGACCACCUCUUCAAGCUCCUCAUCAUCGGGGACAGCGGUGUAGGGAAAAGUAGCCUCUUACUACGAUUUGCAGAUAACACAUUUUCAGGCAGCUACAUUACUACGAUAGGGGUGGAUUUUAAGAUAAGAACGGUGGAAAUCAAUGGCGAAAAGGUUAAGUUGCAGAUCUGGGACACAGCUGGGCAAGAACGAUUCCGAACCAUCACUUCCACGUAUUACAGAGGCACUCACGGGGUUAUAGUGGUAUAUGAUGUCACCAGUGCAGAAUCAUUUGUUAACGUCAAGCGGUGGUUACAUGAAAUAAACCAGAAUUGUGAUGAUGUGUGUCGGAUACUGGUGGGCAACAAGAAUGACGAUCCUGCACGCAAAGUAGUAGAGACCAACGAUGCACAAAAAUUUGCAGAACAGAUGGGCAUUCAACUUUUUGAAACCAGUGCAAAGGAGAACCUCAACGUCGAAGAGAUGUUCAACUGCAUCACAGAGCUCGUGCUGCGUGCCAAGAAAGAAAACUUAGCCAAACAGCAGCAACAGCAGCAGAAUGACGUCAUCAAACUGUCCAAAAACAGUAAAAAGAAGAGGAAGUGUUGCUAACGAGGAACAAAAUAAACGGACUUCUUUGCAAUGAACAGUCCCUUUCACUCGGACUUGUAUAUCAUAAAUUCAGAAACAAACGUUCUUUUACAUCCCCACCCCACCUCUGCCCCACAACUCUCCCCUCACCCACACCCUCACCCCGAGCCCUGGGAGGAUCAUGUUUGAGAGCAGAUGUGGAGUCUUGUUGGCUCGGUGCUGUUGCUCCUAUAUUUCAAUUUCCGAAUUAUUAUUUUUCCAUUGAAAGUGACUGCGGCAAUGGAGCUCAGUGCCAAGAUCGGAGCAGAUCAUCUCAUUCCAUUUGAUUUGUAUGGAUCUACAGAGAAAAUAAAUGAGUGACUUGUCUCGCUUAAGGGAUUUAAAAACCCUGUACAUAAUGUACAGCUUUAAUGCCACCCCUUCCUCAUCGCUUCGCCUAAUACUUUCAGAUGCCAAGAAAUCAUGAAGCACCUUCAUUCUAUCUUCUAUUUUGAUUUUUAAUAAGUAAAUAUUUUUGGAUCCAAGCUGCUGACUAAUGUUGAUGCACGGUGGCCACUAGCUGCUUCCAGUUUUGCACCAUUUCCGCUGUUAGACUCGCACUGUUGUUAUCUGAUUCGUCGUUUGUGGUUGGGGAAGAGGUGGGGUAAAUAUGGAAAGCAACUGCAAUGGAGGGAGAAAGGGACAUUGGCUUGCUAAUUGUGCUAGACAAUUUUAUCAAUGGAAUUGGAGACCUCAUUUGGAGUUUUUUUUUAAUCAUCAAGUAACUACUCCACUAUUUAUAUUUAAAAAAUGGGUCCAGAGUUUUUGGCUGAUGAAUUUAUCAUGUUGGAUGAUAAUUAGCCUUCUACUAUGAUGGGGAGGGGUGGGGCAGGUAAAUAAUGGAGAAAAAAAAGUAACUAAAUAAAUUGUGAAAUAAGGCAAGGUGAAUGAACGGUGUUUUUAAUAUCUGUCAAUCAUGUGCAUUGGCUUAACGCGUGUUAAUAUCUCAGCCCUUCAACCUAGAAGGCAUGAGCUUGGUAUGUGAUAAUGUCUUUUUCUAAACAGCACACAGUUGAUGCCCUGUGGUAAAAUAAAUCCAACAGUACAUCUUGUACUGGGGUGGAGGGGAGGGUGGUCUUGCAUUUUAAAAUGGAAGGUUAGAAAUUGUAGGGGAGACCAAAUCCAUGGUGUUGUGUCGGAGGGAAAAAACAAUUGGAAUUUCCACUACCGAAGUGAGAGCCCUUGGAAUGAGUCUGUGCAAUUGGAUACCAGUUGGGAAACCCUGUUUUAUUGCUAAUUUAUCAACUCCACCUGAGAAGCUGCAAGGCGGCUGAAAAAUGUCAUGAUUCGUGAGUGUGGAAUGCAAUAGUAAGACUGGAAUAUGGCUAUAUGUGCCUGCCCCAUGUUACAAUCCGAGAGUACAAAUUGAAGAAAUAUAAAAAAGUUUACGCUUGAUCAUUCUAUACUUAAUGUUGACGUUGGGUGCCUGAAAUGGACGUGCCCUUUUCCCCAAACAUUAACAUCCUGCACCUUGGUGUUAUAAGGUGGCCCCUGUUCCACCUUAUAACACACCAGCCAGUCAUUGCCUCAUUGCCGCAUAGAGAUCUCUCUUAUGUGGAUAGGAUAAUGAACUGCCUCCAGCUAUGAGAGUUCAGAAUGCAAUCAGUGUGGGUGAAAUCUGCAGCACAAGACUGUCUAGAGGAGAACUAAUUGCCACUAAAUUAAGAGUCUAAUGCUUAUGGGGAUGGUUGGUGCAGGAUAUGGAAAGGUCACCUGGUGCAAGAAUGAAAAACGCUUACUAUGGGAUAAUGCCACAUUGGUCACUGCACAGGCAGUUUCACACUGGAUUACAGGUGAUCAGGUAAUCACAGGUAACCUGUGACUACCUGACCAGGCAAAUGCUUGAUUAGGAAUAGUGGAUGACAUUGUUUUUUUAAAUGGUAUGUAGGAUAAAAAGUAACUUAAUAACUUUUGUUUUGAGAUUACCAUUUACUGACAGUUUUAAAGAAAGUAUAUCAUUUAAUUUGUGUACUAGCUGGUCAUUAUAUCAAAGGAGAAGGCCUGUUUUAUAUGUUAUAUUGUGGACUCCCAUCUGUUAAAAGGUGUAUCUUAAAAUAUCUGAAAUCUUGUGGCAUUUGGUUAUGCGACUGUUCGUGAUGACGAUUAUGUAUUAAAACACAGAAAUUACUGCAAAAUGUGGUGCAGGUUACAAUA